GUCUUGAGAACAAAACAGGAUGCAAUUUUUUCUUUUAAACUGGAGACGGCCAGAAGGAGACACAUAGAGAUGGUGAACAGAGGCAGCUUGAUGAUGGUCAGCAUUAUUAUGACUCGGCUCAUCCCUUACAAGGAGGCGCUGGAGUGUAUGGUGGGAGAGUAUGAGGUGGAUGGGCAGUGCUGCCCCAUCUGCCAUGCAGGUUACAGGGUUCAUGAAACAUGUACUAUAAUGACAGGCACCACCUGUGUGCCAUGUGAUCCUGGGACCUACACAGCGCACCAGAGUGGCCUAAAGGAGUGUCUCCAAUGUAAAGUUUGUGACCCUGAAUUUGGCUUAGUAACAAGAAGGGAAUGCUCAUCUACAUCCAACACUGUGUGUGACUGCUCUCCAGGCUACUUCUGCACUAACAUGAAAAGUGAUGACUGUGAGCUGUGUAUGCGUCACCGAGUCUGCACCGCUGGCCAAUACAUGAAGUCUGGAGGCACACAGAGAAGCAACACCAUCUGUGAAAAGUGCCAGGCAGGGACAUUUUCCCCCAAUGGGACCCUUGGCCAUUGUCUGCCAUGGACCAAUUGUACUGCCCAGGGUUUGUUUGAAAAAAAGCCAGGCACCGACACCACAGAUGCAUUGUGUUCACCAGAGAGGAAGACUCAACUCACAUCUAUUGUUAUUCCCAUCAUUGUGGUCAUUAUCUUAAUUUUCAUCACAUUCAUCAUUUGGGUGGUAUUUGUUAAAAGGAAAAAGAACCGAGAAAGAGCUUAUGACAUGAAAGGAAGGGCUGAAGCAUUACAUCCUGAAAAGAGACACGAUUCCCUUGAGACAGAUGGGUCAGGCACCAACUUGCCUGUGCAGGAGACUAGACAACAAGAAGAAUCAGCUCCACUAAGAGAAAGAAUGUCCAAGAGUCAGGACAGUGGAGAACCUUGAUUUUGCUCUUGGGGGUACAGUGAAACACCAAGGCCAAGUCAUACUCUCUAUCAUUGGGACAAAGAUCAUCCCCAGAAGUGGUGGCCAUCUCCUGCUUACACCUCCUUCUAGCUUUGCAGGCAGAAGCAUUCCAGGAGGCAAGCGAUAUCUAAGGCAGGCCAAAGGUUUCACCACCAACAUCCAGUUCUGAUGUCCUGUCCCAGAACGGAGUAUGGCAGGCAAGGCAGCAGAGUCCCAGUUCUGAGAGGUAAGAUGAGCUAUGAGUACGUGUCUGGAAUGAACAGACUCUGCUUUCCAAGGACGAACAUGAAGAAGGUGGCUGGCCACCGGUGGUUUACAUAAAACUUUUUUGUAUUCAUUAUGGAUAUAUUUAUUUUUUGUUACUAUUGUUUAAUUGUUCAGUCAUGUCCUAUUCUUUGUGACUGCAUUUGGGGAUUUC